UUUUAUAUUCGCGAUUACACAAGCGGCCCAAUCACCUCUUCACGUGGCAUUCCAGAUAGCGUCGUUUCGGACCUAGUCGCUAAGGGACGUUCCAAUACACUCUCACGCCGGAAUUUCGUUUAGCACUUGAAACAGAAAACAAAUUUAAAAGAUGGCUGCUUGUGACACGACAAAAGUUGUGCUUGUGACAGGAGGCACUGGUUUGGUUGGUCACGGUCUGAGGCUGGCCAUGGAACGUAAGCCAAGUCUUGUGCACAAAGAUGAAAAGUGGAUCUACCUCAGCUCUAAGGAUGCGAAUCUCAAGGAUACAGAGGCGACCAGGGCGCUGUUCAAUAAACACAAACCGACACAUGUGAUCCACUUGGCAGCGUUAGUGGGAGGACUUUUCCGUAACCUCAAGUACAACCUUGACUUUUAUAGAGAUAACACGAUCAUCAAUGACAAUGUGAUGUCCAUGUGUAAGGAAUUUGGUGUCAAGAAGUUGGUUUCCUGCUUGUCGACUUGUAUAUUCCCCGACAAAACCACUUACCCCAUUGACGAAACUAUGGUACACAACGGCCCUCCUCAUGAGUCCAACUUUGGAUAUUCCUUCGCCAAGAGAAUGAUUGAUGUACAGAACAGGGCGUACAACAAGCAGCAUGGUUGUCAGUUUACUGCAAUUAUCCCCACUAAUGUGUAUGGACCUUUCGACAACUUUAAUCUGGAAGAUGGUCAUGUACUCCCAGGCCUUAUACACAAAGUUUACAAGGCCAAAAAGAGUAACGAGGAUUUUACAGUCUGGGGAACGGGUAAACCACUCCGUCAAUUCAUCUACUCGAAAGAUCUGGGCGAGCUUAUAAUUUGGGUUCUCCGAGAUUAUCCAGAAAUUGAUCCCAUCAUCCUUUCUGUGGCUGAAAAGGAGGAGGUGAGCAUCAAGGAAGCAGCGGGGAUGGUGGUGGAAGCCAUGGACUUCAAGGGUAAUGUUGUGUACGACACCUCUAAGUCUGACGGCCAGUACAAAAAGACAGCCAGCAAUGCCAAGCUCUUGAGGUAUCGUCCUGACUUUGAGUUUACACCAACCAAACAAGCCAUCAAGGAAACUGUUGAUUGGUUUGAGGCGAAUAUUGAUACAGUCCGCUUCUAAACUGCAGAUGGAAGAACAUCAACGUGAAAGAAAUCUAGAAAUUAUAUAUCAUUCCUCAUUUUUGAAGUAUUGCAAUAAUCUAUAUCUACAGUGUGCAAGAACGAACAUAUAUUUCUUGUGGUUUUACUAACAAAUACAACGAGGCUGAGAGUUUUACUAUGGUGUACACUUUCAAUCAUUGUGAUUCAGGCCGAUACGAAAAAUAACCUCGGUACCAUUGACGAACCUCUAUUUUAGCAAGUGUUCCCUGUAUAUUCAAAUAUUUGUCAAGGUCACAGCAGUUUUCCUUUACAAGAAUGUAGAACAUUUUUGUAUUGAUAAAAGAAAGUCUUAUAGUUCAAGCGUUGAUACCAUGAAAAGUGAUUUAGUCAAAGGGAUUCCAUUCAUCAACAUUAGUUGAAAUGGCAAUGCAAGCCAAACUCGGCUGAUCCAUCUGUGAGCCGAAGUACGCUGUUAACCCAUUCACCCCUAAAGUCACAUCUGAACCUUACCAAAUCACAGACUGGGCAAAUCCAGUUAAAAUAUUUAGGGGUGAAUGAGUUGAGAUGAUAUGUUUACAGAAAUCCUGAUUUUGUUCAUUUACAGAUCUAGAGUACAUCAUUGUCCAUGUGUAAUGUUAAGCUUUAUAUAACAUGAAUACCAGCAUAAUCAAUUGUAUUUAUAUAGCAUUUUAACGAAACUAAUUCAGAAGAGCGAGUUUUUUUACACAGAAGCAAGGUGUAUGACAUGUGUGUUCUGUAUGUUAUCAUUACAUAUUUAUGAGAGAUAGGUACUAGAAAUGAAAAAUGGUCAUUGGGUAUACAUACUAAAACUUUAUAGAAUGGUCCCCUACCUUUAGGGUGCGAUUCUUGAAUGUCUUACUCUCGACUUGAAGCAUGUCUUGGGCUAGACUAUCAACAAUCUCACCCCAAGAGAUGAAAUUUCUCUGGUAUACCCUGAACACAGGAGAUACUUCAUUUUCUCCCAUCCUACAGUAACAAAAUUAUGUUUGAAAACACAGGUCAUCAGAAUUUGUUUCCUGAUUUGCAAUUGACCUCUCCAGAAAAGUGAUUGGGACAUCAUAUUUUAUUGUUCUCCUGAUGUUAUUGUAUUGUUUCUUUCUGUGUGUAACCUGUCUUGUCCAGCUAGGAGAUGACGGAGAAUUGCUACACAGUUAAAAGGGAGACAAUUCAUUGAAAAGGUUGGGAAUGUGAAGUUACCAAAGAGAAAUCUUGUCCUACGGGAUGACAGAGAAAUCUUGUCCUACGUACGUGAUGACAGAGAAAUCUUGUCCUACAGGAUGACAGAAAAAUCUUGUCUUACAGUGUGACAGAGAAAUCUUGUCAUGCAGUGUGACAGAGAAAUCUUGUCCUACUGGGUAACAGAGACAUCUUUAACAGGUAAAACAGGAGACAAUUCUGUGAAUGGUGGAAAUGUGUGAAUUCAUUCCUGAAUAUAUAUAUAUGUAGGUCUGGAUCCUCAGAUUUAGGUCAUCAUAUGAACAUAAACUUGUUUUAGUCUGGACACAUAUAGUCUUAAAGAUAAAUGUUUUUUUGAGAUCGAAACAAGAUUUUUUAAUACUGAUAAAAAAUGCCUUUAAGAUGACCUGCCCAUAAAGACUCCUUUUUCCAUUUAAACUGAAUUACCUGUCCAGAAUAAAUUAUUAUAUUUAUCUCCGGUUCAUUUAAAAUGUGUACAUGUUAUUGGUUAGUGUGUUGUGAUUUGUUAACUUACAAAAAAUAAAACUCCUUUGCAAAAUCUGUAUUUUAGUGCUUGAAAUUGGAACUUCAAUCCAUGUGAUGUUUUGUAUUUCUAAACCUUACUGUGAUGAAAACUGCGUACUAUUUAUAGCUGUAAACUUUACAUUCCAGCAGGGUCUAUAUAGAAGCUUGUUACACAUGUGUUAUAUGUAUUAAUAUGACAGAAGUAUUACAAUGGAUAUAUUUAGAUUUUGCUCAUAGAUUGUUUAUUUUCCUCCUUUGAAGACGAUCAAAGCAUUACAAUUCUUUUGCAUUGUACUGAUAGUGUUUUUAUUUCACAAUUUGUACAACAAAAUCAUGUUUCAAUUGAUCAAAUUUUGUUUUUUGUCUUUAGUUUUUUGCGUUUAAUAUAUAUUUACCUAUUUUCUCAAAGCUAUGUACAGCAUUUAUGUCAAAAAUUUAAUGAUUCAAGAAUGUGAACAUCCGCACUACUCCAGUGGGUUACGCUCUACCGACUUCCCACCCCUGGAAUAUGUCACGACAAAAAUGAAGUCUCUGUAUAAGCCACCUUGUGGAUGAUACAAGCAGACUAGUUGUCUUAUUCUUGGAGGUAAAUCAAAAGAAUUGCAUAACAGUAUAACUGUAAAAUUGACCAACUUUGAAGUAAGGUGUCACUUCUCUGUAAUCUUCAAAGGAUAGGUAUUAACCUAAUGAUUGGUCAGUUGUUUUUACUUAGGAACAAUCAAAUAGCUAUCGUGGUGUCUUCAAUUUCUCCAUGACAUAUUCCAGCGGCACAGAGAGUGUGAGUGACUGUAACUCUGGAAUAUUGAAAACUCAUGAAUGUGAAAUGUAUGUCAAAAUAUAUGGGUAUAGCUGUAGCAAUUAUACACAUAACUGAUGUCCUCAUGUUUCACAUCUAGAUUCUGUCGCCAUACAGUAAAACUCAACCUUCUCAAAAAACAUUUAUGCAUAUUAUUUUCAAAAAAUGUUAUGAUUUAUUAACUCAUUUUUUUUUUUACUAUACCGGUAUGUUGUUUUUCUUCA